AUUCGUUGGAAGUCGAAAAGGUCAGAGGUGAAAGAAAGGUGUUGUUGUGGUCAGUCAUGGCGUCUCUGAGCUGGUGGUUGUGUGGACGUUUGUAUCGCAGUGUGUCUCCGCUGUGCAGCGGGAUGAUGACGGUCACCGGACCGCGGUGUAUGAUGAGUCCCGGGCGGCGGAUCCACCGAGCACCGAGUCGCUGGAUGACGGAGAAAGGAGUUUGGGGAAAAACACAACAACAAGUGACUGAGCUGGACAAGGCGGAUGCGCUGAUACUGAGGAAGUCACAUGAAACCGGAUUUCUGUCCUGGUUCCGAAACGGUUUGCUUGCUACCGGGAUCGGAGUUAUUGCCUUUGUGCAGAGUGACGUAGGAAGAGAAGCAGGAUACGCUUUUUUCAUCCUGGGUGGAGUGUGUGUGUCAUUCGGCGGAGGAUCCUACAUAGCCAGUUUGUUGUCUCUGAGGAGAAUCAUGCUGCUCUCUCUGCCUUCCGUGCUGCUUCACACAGCCGUGGUGUCCAGCUCUGCCCUCUUCUGGCUGUGUGCCGUCUCGCUCUACAUCGGCCGCCUGGAAGUAGAAAUUAUCCAUGACGAGGACGAGGAGGAGGAAGGUGGUAACGAUGGAGGCGAUUGUGCAGAAUGUAAGGCUCGGCGAGACCGGCGCCACAUGAACGAGAGAGGCCAAGAGAAGUAAUGAAGACACUCCUACGCUCUGGAGUUCUGCAUUAGGAUCCGAGUUCUGAUCCUGUCAGUAAAUAUUGAAAGACAAAACAUACCUUAAUUUUCAGUAGAGUCUGUUUUCAUGUUGAGAAGAACAUGGACGUUUGUGGUUAUACUAUAAACUGGACUUUGCCCUGGUGUGAGUUUACAAGGAACAAGGUCAUGAGUAUUCUUUUCUUUGCAAUAUAGAUAAAUUAGUGUGUAUGUGUGCGUGUGUAUACAUAUUCUAAGGUGUUUUAUAACUAUGUGAAGCACUUUAAACUUAUAACUUAAAGGAAUAUUCAAUAAUUUCAUUGUGGUUUCAGUUUCUAAGGCAAGUGCAUAGUUAUUGUUGCUUAAUUGAUUUAAAAAAAAAACUUAAAGGAGCAGUUUGUCAUUUUUAGAGAACUCUACUGUCUGCUUUGGAUAUUGCAGCUGCUGUGAAGCACAGACACAGACUUCUCGGUUUCCUUUUAAGGAAAAUGUGCAGCGCAGUAGUGAUAGUGCGUCUGUCAGGACUCAUACCUAAUACUAAUACCUGGGCUGGAAAAAAAUGUAGGCCGAAGCAUGAAGUGAAGAAACUAUUGCAUGCUAACAUGUAGAGAAGCACUUAAAAUUACAUACAGCACCUUUAAAAGACCUUGACAUUCAAGACAUCGGUAUGACUUCCACAAGUUUUUGAAGUUUUGAAGUGGGCUGUAAAAGCCGUGUCUUUGUUUAGUGAUAUAUACAUAAUAGAAUAAAUGAUAAAAUCAAACAAAAAUAUUUCUCCAAAUCAGGAUUUACACAUAAGUAAGAAGCACUGGUGAUACUUAACUUUUAUUAUUUGCUUUGUUUUACACUGUUAUGGAAAAAAGGUAAAUCUGGAGUCCUGAAAGGUUUUUUAAACUCAUAUGUUUUCUAUAGAAGCCUUCUUCAGAGUGAUUUCCUUUUACAGACACUUCUAUGUAGAACAUGUAACUAUCAAAAAAGACCUUUAGGGACGAAUACACUAAGAGUGUAGUUUGUAAAGUGUGUGUAAUGGCUGCUUGCUUUAGUCUGCAGCGUUUCUGUUGUUGCUUUUAUGGGCUUUGACUUAUGACUUUAAAAAUAAAACAUUAUCCCUUCCAUAGUCAGCUACUUAGCAGCUAUACUAUAUGACCAAAAGUUUGUGGACACCCCACCAGUGUAUCCAUGUUUGAUUCUUCUUCAAAUUGCUGCCAGAAAUUUGGAAGCACACAAUUAUAUAGGAUGUGUUUGUAUGCUGUAAUAUUAACAUUUUUCUUAACUUAAACUAAGAGGCACUAUCAUGUUCCAUCAUGACGGUGCGUCUGUGCACAAAGUGAGCUCCAUGAGGAUGUAAUUUGCCAUGGUUGGAAUAGAAGAACUUGAGUGUAGUGCACAGAGCCUUGACCUCAACCCCACUGAACGUUUUUGAGAUUAACUCGGAUGCCGAAUGCCCCCAAACGUAUUCAACUGACAUCGGUGCGUAAACUCAUUAAUGCUCUUGUGGCUGAAAGAUCACAAAUCCCCACAAAUCUAGUUAAAACCUUCCUAGACUAGUAGAGGGUAUUAGAAGAGGGGAAAAAAAGGCAACAAAUGUGUAAUAGGAAAAAAAAAGAAAAGCACAUAUGAUGGUGAGAUGUCAACAAACCUUUAGCCAUAUAGUGUACAUAUAUUCUGGGAAACACCCACAUUGCUGUAUGACCAAAAUGGUGUUUCUAAGCUAGUAAUAUCUCAAAGUUAAGAAAACAAUUAAACAGUUGUCCAGAAGUGAUGUUGAAAUGUUUGUAUUCAGGAUGCUUGCUGAGAUUUUUUAUUUCUGCAUGUCAGGUGAAGCCCCGGUUUAACAAGCUGGUGGUAAAUACAGUCAGUCUGCUUAAAGAUUAUAUAAAGUAAACUAAAACUAAAGUAACAUGAUCAAGUUGUUGUUUAGCUACUUGCCAUAGUCAGAUUGGCCUGAGUCUAAUCUUAGUUUUACGCUGUAAUCCGAUACCAGCUGUCAAGUUGUCUGUGAUGCCACUGUGCUCUCACUGCAUCCAAAGACAAGAGAAUUUUCAGACUGGAUUAAUCGGUGAUCUUUUCCCUGAUGAAGAUGAUGAUGAUGUGUACAAAAGCUGCAAUUGAGUGAUUGUACUUCAGGUGAUGAGACCGAUGGCCGACGAGGAGGAGGAUGAUGAUGAUCGAAGCGAGAUUAUUUCGAGUGUGGACGUAAUGUUGUUUCCAUCAACAGAUGAGGUUAGAUCAUUUGGUGGAUCAUUUAUUGUGACUGUCUCCCUUUUCAGGAAAAGCGUAGUCUUUAUAAGGGCAUUUAUAAGUUAACACGGUUUUUGUGUGUAUAAAUACAGAUGUAUUUUGCACGCGUGUGGUUUCAUCCGUGUGUUUCCAGUUUUAACCUGUUAACUGUACACAUUCUGUUAUUCGUGAGCCGUUCAAUUCAUUACUUCAGAUAUUAUUAUAAACACAAGACGGAUGCAGAGAAAUGAAACACUGUGUUUCAUCUCAAAGCUCUAUCGUGUUAACUGAAGUUUUUUUCUCUGUUUUGUUUAAGCAGCCGCAUUCAGGUGAAGCAGACCUCGUAUUUGACGCUCACCCGUACGUUUCUACACACGUUCUUUAAAACAUUUAAUUCAAUUCCUCUGAGCUGAACUUAUUUAAUUCAAUUAGCUGUAUGUUAAUGGAGGUGACACAGCCUGCUCUGACAAAACACAGUGGUCAGACCUUUUUGUCAGUCUUUUAUAAGCGUGGGCUUAGAAUCAAUCUUUAUAGAAUAUAUUACCACGAUGUUGUACUUCUUUCUUUUAUAGUCAAGCUAGAGUAAUUACUUGCACAGUUUGUAUGUAGCUUCAUUGCUGGGCCUGCUAACACUGACAGCACACCGUGUCUACAUACUUUGUGUAUACUCACAUGUACGAUUACUCCAGAGUAUGAUUACUUAUUGUGCUCUAGUGCAUGUUGUACAGAUGGUAUUCAAUCAGGGAAACUUUCUUCCGCUUACUUGACAGUUGGUGCUGUUUGUUCUGCUGCUCAUUAAAUCAGUGAUCAUUUAAAAACCA